GCCGACACGUCCACCGUGUCGACGUCGCUGACGUUGCUUCGUCAUCAGAACCAUGGCGGACUGUGUGGAGGAGGAAGCUCUUCAUGGCAGCUGGGACCAGGAUCUGAUGGAGGCUCUGGACUCGGGCUCUGACAUGGAGACUGAGAGAGGGGUCCUCCAGGAGAGAGGGGUCCUCCAGGAGAGCUCGGCCCAGCACAGAGCCAAGAUGUGGAAGAUCGCUCUGAAUGUCUCAGGGAAAGGAGACAGUCUGUCUCCGUGGGACGGAGUUCUGGAUCUCCCCGAGCAAAACCUGAUCCACACCAGCAGCCAGCAGCUCAUUGACCAGCUGAAGGUGUGCGAGGAGGACAGCAGAGACAUGGUGUGUGACGUGGAGGCGGUCAUCACGUUCUACUGUAAGUCCAGGAACCUUCAGUUCUCUGUGGAUCUGAGCUGGCCUCCGCUGCUGAAGCCUCUGCUCGCUCUGCAGCUGCCGCGCAGCGACCUCUACAACUGCUUCUACGCCGUCAUGAACAAGUACAUCCCCAGGGAGUGCGUAGCGAGCGGCCGGCCGUUCCACCUCUACCGGCUGCUGCUGCAGUACCACGAGCCAGAGCUUUGCAGCUUCCUGGACACCAAGAAGAUCACACCCGACUCCUACGCCAUCACAUGGGUACGCCUGACAGUCUGUCAUUCAGUCUGUCAUUCAGUCAGUCAGUCA